CAGCUGGUAGUUAGAGCUGGUUUCCAGCUCUGGCGCUGCCAGUUUGCACCAUUGCAGAGAUUCUUUUACUUCAGCUAACUUCUGCAUUGCUGCAGAGAGAGUGCCAAGCAGUGGCUGUUCGCCUGCUCCGUAUAUUCAUCCCCUUCCCGAGUUUCUCACUUCGUUAUCUCUACUCAGAUUCAUGUCCCGGCCUCUCCUCUGCCCCCUCCCGUUCCCCUCUCUCCCUUUCUUCAGCUGCUGUUACUACGUGGAGUUUGGAGCCUAAGCUUUGAAAACUCCCAUGUGGCGCCUGUCUUAAGUCGGAGCAUGCUCAGUAGCCAAAACAGAUUUUGGUUGCAAAAAACCCGGGCGAGGAGAGUCGGGUAUUUGGACGUCUGCCCACUUCUAACAAAAUUCUGGUUUGGAUGGCAUUGGAGAAUGGAGCUAUAGGCCAACCUGGAGGACUUGAACUAAUGAAAGAAGCUUAUGGCACUUAACAAAGAUAAACGUCACUCCUCCCUUUUUAAUUGGAACUUCUGCUUAGGAUCUGCUAUUUGACUUUUCAUCUGUGAUCUGUUCUUUCAAUAGCCACUGACUUCGAGCUACAGGAAGGUCUCUGAAGAUUUAUAUCAAAUGACGUCAAUGGCCAGCUUGUUUUCUUUUACUAGUCCAGCAGUGAAGCGAUUGUUGGGCUGGAAGCAAGGCGAUGAGGAGGAGAAAUGGGCAGAAAAGGCAGUAGAUGCUUUGGUGAAGAAGCUGAAGAAGAAGAAGGGCGCCAUGGAAGAGCUGGAGAAAGCCCUGAGCAGCCCGGGACAGCCGAGCAAGUGUGUCACUAUCCCCAGAUCCCUGGACGGACGCCUGCAGGUCUCUCACAGAAAGGGCCUGCCCCAUGUCAUAUAUUGUCGGGUGUGGCGAUGGCCUGAUCUGCAGAGUCACCAUGAGUUAAAGCCAUUGGAUAUUUGUGAAUUUCCUUUCGGAUCUAAGCAAAAAGAAGUUUGCAUCAACCCAUACCACUACAAGAGAGUGGAGAGUCCAGUCUUACCUCCAGUGUUAGUGCCUCGUCAUAAUGAAUUCAAUCCACAACACAGCCUUCUGGUUCAAUUUAGGAACCUAAGCCACAAUGAACCACACAUGCCACAGAAUGCAACCUUUCCUGAUUCUUUCCACCAGCCCAACAACACUCCUUUCCCUUUAUCUCCAAAUAGCCCCUACCCCCCUUCUCCUGCUAGCAGCACAUAUCCCAAUUCGCCAGCAAGUUCUGGACCAGGAAGUCCAUUUCAGCUCCCUGCUGAUACUCCUCCUCCUGCCUAUAUGCCACCAGAUGAUCAGAUGGGUCAAGAUAAUUCCCAACCCAUGGAUACAAGCAAUAAUAUGAUUCCUCAGAUUAUGCCCAGUAUAUCCAGCAGAGAUGUGCAGCCUGUUGCCUAUGAAGAACCCAAACAUUGGUGUUCAAUUGUCUACUAUGAAUUAAACAAUCGUGUUGGGGAAGCUUUUCAUGCAUCUUCUACUAGUGUGUUAGUAGAUGGAUUCACAGAUCCUUCAAAUAACAAAAGUAGAUUCUGCUUGGGGUUGUUGUCAAACGUUAAUAGGAAUUCAACAAUUGAAAACACUAGACGACAUAUUGGAAAAGGUGUUCAUCUGUACUAUGUUGGCGGAGAGGUAUAUGCAGAGUGCCUCAGUGACAGCAGCAUAUUUGUACAGAGUAGGAACUGCAACUUUCAUCAUGGCUUUCAUCCCACUACUGUGUGUAAGAUUCCCAGCAGCUGCAGCCUCAAAAUUUUUAACAAUCAAGAGUUUGCUCAACUUUUGGCUCAGUCUGUCAACCAUGGAUUUGAGGCAGUAUAUGAGCUCACCAAAAUGUGUACCAUUCGAAUGAGUUUUGUCAAGGGCUGGGGCGCAGAAUAUCACCGGCAGGAUGUUACUAGCACCCCAUGUUGGAUUGAGAUUCAUCUUCAUGGGCCUCUUCAGUGGCUGGAUAAAGUCCUCACUCAGAUGGGCUCCCCUCUGAAUCCCAUAUCUUCUGUUUCAUAGUGCAGAAGUAUUCUUUUCAAUUACACUAUUAGUGGACUUGUUUUAAUUUUAGGGAAAUUUUCUGUACUGAUACUGUGAGCUUACAUGGAAAACAGAUAUUACAGCUUAUUUUUUUCUACAUAAUUGUGACCAAUACAUUUGUAUUUUGUGAUGAAUCGACGUUUGUUUGUAUUCAUGUUCGUGUGAUUAACUCUCAAAAGUGUUGUGAAAAAUACAGAGUAAGUAUUGUGCCCCAGUUCAGAAGUUUUGCAUUGUUCUUAAACUGGAAGAUACUUUUGCCUUUUUGUCCCAACAGGUUUUUUUGUUAAAUUGUUUUAAAAAAUAAAUCACAUGAUGAAAAUUAGUAUAAGAGGAUGAAAAGUGAAAAAAGUCUUCCCUUCUGUACUGAAUUUUCUAGAAGAUAUACUUGUACCAGUUUCUUUGUCCCACCAACUU